UGAUUUGGGGGUUGAAGCUGAGAUUGUACUGUGGGAGGUUAGGGUGCUGACAGUAUAGCCCUGAUGUGUCUAAACACAGGCACUGUGCAGCUUUAAGAUGCUGCGUUCCUUUCUUGAUGUCCUUGACUCUGAGAUGCGGUGCAAAUGCAUAGUAUGGCUCAAUAUGAUAGCUCUCUCGCUGAGUCCUGUCUUUGGUCAUGACAGAAGGGUAAAUGCAGGAUUUCCUCAUCUCUCUACCUCCCACUCCCAAAAACCUUCACGCGAACAAGUCCUCAUCUUUUAUUUUGUUUUCUUUUGUUUCAAAACACUUUGAAAUAUUCACCCUGAGCAGAAACGCAAUUAACAUUCUCCAAUUCAAAUCAGCAUUGCAUGAAAAACAGCCUGAAAGCAGCCAGCCCGGAACUCCUGGGGGAAUUGGAACAGGAUCAUUUAUUUAUGCUGGGAACAGUAGCUGUCUCCAUUUCUGCAUUAGCUGAGUGGGAGGUGCCCGUGUUUGCUUCUUUUUUCAUUCGCUCUGCCCUUUUCUGUAGACAUUUUUUCUGUUUUCCGUUUUUGUUUUCUUUUUAGCAUCAAAGACCUUGUAGUUGUGAGCGAUGCUUUGUUGGCGAUGGGGUUUUUGUGUUGUGGGCUAUUGCUAGCUUUCAGCAAUGCACUGUCAGGCAGCAAUGCUGCUGCUUUUGCACUGCAACCAGCACUUCCUCCCAGCAAGCGGAUUGGCUUGUGUCCUUAAGUGCUGGGCAAGGGUUGGAUACUGACUGGAGAUUAACAGGUGCAUUAUACUGCUCCUGACGGCCACGAAUCGGAUGCUUCUCAGUUCGAAUGGAGAAGGAGAGGGGCUUUUAUGUGAGUCUAUGUGUGUAUGUGUGUCUGCGUAUUGGAAUGCCUGAGCUACAGCAAGCUAUGAAGAUGCUUUGUGCCAAUCCUGGAAGGUAUGCUGUGGCCCCGGAGAGUCUGUGAGAAGAAAACCAAGGAGAGAGGCGAGCCCCUGUAGAUCCAGCAGAGAGAAAGAAAUGUGCGUUUUGCCGUAGCUGACUCAGCAUCUCCCCCAAUGCUGCCAACGUUUCGUUUGGGGAUAGAUGAAUAUUUUGUGGCCAAUUGACCUGCAGCUGAUAGAAAUCAGCAUUUCCUUCUGAAUGCAAUUGUUCUGUCUAUUUUUUUCGGAUUCUUUGAUCCCUGGCUAUGCAUUCCUGAUGUCUGUCUGUGGGCCUGAGGGCUUCGCAUUCGCAACAGGAUGAGUGAGGGGGGGAUUUCUUCAGCUCCACCUGUUUUUCCUGUUUCUGGAGAAUCUGAAGGUGCGAAUCCAGUAGAAGAGCAGGAGAGCUCUGCACCAUCCAGGGGCUUACACUGCAGUAACUGUAUUGUGUGGCCUCGCCAACAGACCUGGCUCUGUAUUGUUCCUCUUCUGAUUGGAUUCAUUGGUUUGGGAUUGAGUCUGAUGCUGCUGAGGUGGAUUGUUGUUGGUUCAGUGAAGGAAUAUGUACCCUCUGAUAACUUGGAGUCCAAUCACAUUGGGCAGGAUCCUAUCUUCCUCUCAAAGCCAAGCUCAUUUCCGAAGAAUGCAGAGGCCACUACAAUGUACACUGGUACCAACAGCUUCCUUAGUACUGUAGCUGUGAGUACUCAAAUGCCAGUGACGCUCACCCCCAGGAUUAGUACCCACGGUACAAUCCGCUCAACCACUGCCCAUCGAAGCCCCCUACUCCCCACAACCACUUCAACAGCAGCCCUCACCCCUACAUUACCUUUCCGUCUCACUCCAACUGUCUCACAUGUACCAACUUGGCAGACGGUGCCCUUUUCUACCUCUUCAAGCAAAUUCUUUCUGCACGACUCCACUCCAUCUUGGACACUCUCAAAAUCAGGGGAAUCUAGCACCAAGAUCCAUUCUGUCAUUGAACCCAAGUUUCGAAUCAAAAUGAAGAUUCCUGCCUAUUUUACUUCUUUUUGGAAAGUUUCUCACAAUCUUAAAGGUCCUUCUGGAUUUUGUCUCCUUCUGAUUUCUAUUCACUGUUGGUCUGCUCUGGUCUUUAGUCUCACACAGGCGCCGGCUGCUGUUUCCUUUCAUUAA